UCACACUGAAUGCGUAUAUUCAGUACACAUACUUCCACAACUUAGUCCGGGAAAAAUGUUCGCGUUACGUGCUGCUUCUAAAGCCGAUAAGAAUUUGCUGCCAUUUUUGGGGCAAUUGUCUCGUGGCCAUGCUGCAAAGGCUGCUAAGGCUGCGGCUGCCGCCAAUGGAAAGAUCGUGGCCGUAAUUGGUGCUGUGGUUGACGUGCAGUUCGAUGAUAACUUGCCACCGAUUUUAAACGCACUGGAAGUUGACAAUCGGUCUCCUCGAUUGGUACUGGAAGUGGCUCAGCACUUGGGAGAAAAUACCGUACGCACCAUUGCUAUGGACGGUACUGAGGGCUUGGUUCGUGGACAAAAGGUUCUCGAUACUGGGUACCCAAUCCGUAUUCCAGUUGGUGCUGAAACCUUGGGCCGCAUCAUUAAUGUUAUUGGCGAACCCAUCGAUGAGCGCGGCCCAAUUGAAACCGACAAGACCGCUGCUAUUCACGCCGAGGCUCCUGAAUUUGUUCAGAUGUCCGUUGAGCAGGAGAUUCUUGUCACUGGAAUCAAAGUGGUUGAUCUCUUGGCUCCUUAUGCCAAAGGCGGUAAAAUCGGUCUGUUUGGCGGAGCUGGCGUCGGCAAAACUGUGCUGAUUAUGGAGCUGAUUAACAACGUGGCUAAGGCUCACGGUGGAUACUCCGUUUUCGCGGGGGUCGGCGAACGCACCCGCGAAGGAAACGAUUUGUACAAUGAAAUGAUUGAGGGUGGCGUAAUUUCCCUUAAGGACAAAACGUCCAAGGUGGCUCUGGUUUACGGACAAAUGAACGAGCCCCCAGGUGCCCGUGCCCGUGUUGCUCUGACUGGAUUGACCGUUGCUGAGUAUUUCCGUGAUCAAGAAGGACAAGAUGUCUUACUUUUCAUCGACAACAUUUUCCGGUUCACUCAAGCUGGCUCUGAGGUGUCCGCGUUGCUGGGUCGUAUUCCUUCAGCCGUCGGUUACCAACCAACUUUGGCCACUGACAUGGGUUCUAUGCAGGAGCGUAUUACCACCACUAAAAAGGGAUCCAUUACUUCUGUACAGGCUAUUUAUGUGCCAGCUGAUGACUUGACCGAUCCUGCUCCAGCCACCACUUUCGCUCAUUUGGACGCAACCACUGUCCUGUCGCGUGCGAUUGCAGAGUUGGGUAUCUACCCUGCUGUGGAUCCCCUUGAUUCCACAUCUCGAAUCAUGGACCCUAACAUCAUCGGACAAGAGCAUUAUAACGUUGCCCGUGGCGUACAGAAAAUCCUGCAGGACUACAAGUCCCUUCAGGAUAUUAUUGCCAUCCUGGGCAUGGACGAGUUGUCGGAGGAAGACAAGCUUACAGUGGCACGCGCUCGCAAGAUUCAGCGUUUCUUGUCGCAGCCAUUCCAAGUUGCUGAAGUUUUCACUGGUCAUGCUGGUAAACUUGUUCCGCUUGAACAAACCAUUAAGGGCUUCUCACAGAUUCUAUCUGGGGAAUACGACCAUCUCCCUGAAGUGGCGUUCUACAUGGUUGGCCCAAUCGAAGAAGUCGUGGAGAAAGCUGACCGUCUAGCAAAGGAAGCUGCCUAAAUUGUAAUAUUGGCCAGUUCUUCAAAGCCGUAGUACUAGCAAUUAAUCAAUUAAAUUAUGCAUUGAAUUGUAAUGAAGUUUGUAACAUCAACUUUGGAAUCUACACGCGAGAAGAACUCAAUAAAAUCUAUUUAAACCUUAAA